GCACGGAGAUGAACACAUUGUAUUGCUGCUCGUAUGAGUGCUGGUGCACACAGUGCAGUGUAACCAAGGGCUUCAUAUUGUUUGCAUUUUUGUAUCAUUUCUGCCAGGAUGCAUCUGCAUUAACUUGCCAAAAUGUAGGCUGUACACUAAUGAGUUGUGCACUACGAAAACUGUGAUAUGAGAAAACUAUUUUUAUUUGCUUCUAUUCAGAAGCCAGACGCUGCUGCGUGGCUGCACACUGCUGAGGGGUUCUCUCGCACAUGGCAGUUCCCAAACUGCAUUGGUGCAGUUGAUGGAAAACACAUUCGCAUCAAGCGGCCCAAGAACUCUGGCACCAUGUAUUUCAAUUAUAAGGGCACAUACUCCAUCGUCCUCCUUGCCAUAGUCGAUAGUGACUACAAGUUUUUGGUCGUGGAUAUUGGCGCCUAUGGCAAGCAGAGCGAUGGAGGAGUCCUCCACCAGUCGCAGUUUGGGCAGCGCUUGGAGCAAGGCCAGUUGCAGCUGCCGAGAAGCUUGGCCUUGCCAAACACCAUGCAGCAAGCUCCGUGUGUGUUUGUCGGGGACGAGGCUUUCCAGCUCCGGCCAGACUUCCUGAGGCCAUACACUGGACGAGAGCUCGAAGACAGGAAACGGAUCUUCAACUACCGCCUGAGCAGAGCAAGGAGGUGCGCAGAGAACGCCUUCGGUAUCCUCGUGACACGCUGGAGGAUUCUUGAAAGGGCAAUGGGGGAAGAUCCCAAGAAUGCUGAAGAGGUCGUCAAAGCCCUUUGUGUGCUGCACAAUUUCCUGAUGCACAGGCGCACAGAGGGUGAUGAUGCGUACUGUGGUCCUGCAUAUGCCGAUUCUGUCAAUGGAUUCGGGCACCAACGGUCUGGCCAGUGGCGUGAGCAGCUCGCACAGCCACCGUUGCCAGUGGCUCGCACCCAGGCACGUAAUUUUGCCCAAGCAGCUCGGUAUGUGAGAGAAACAUAUGCCAACUACUUCAGCAGUACUGCAGGAAGUGUGUCCUGCCAGGAUGCAGUACUGAGGUAGCAUGUGGCUUUAUUUGCAUGUAUUGAGAAGGCAUACUGUAGGAGGCUUUAAUGUUUUCAUGUGUGUUAUGAAUUUUCAUGCCUGGCAAGAUCAAAAGUCA